AUGAAGGAGACCCUUAGAAUAACGAGACGAAUGAUGUCAAGUCUCCAAAGAUUCCCGUUUGAAACUCGAAAUGGCGAGUUUUAUUGGGCACAGCACCCGAACGCUUUCUACCAGCAAAAGAGGAAGGGAUUCCAAGGCGUUACCUUCGAAAACCAGCACAAAAUGCCGUCGUUGCCAGUCCCAGAACUUGAAGAAACACUGCGGAAAUACAUCGAAACCGUAAGGCCCUACUGUCGCACGAAAGAGCAACUAGAAGAACAGAAGAAACUGUGCUCCGAAUUUGCCGAGACGAAAGGUUCGCAGCUUCAGAGUCGGCUGAAGGAAUACGCCGAGAGCUCCAGAAACUGGCUGUCACAGUUUUGGGACAACCAGGCAUAUUUGGAGUACAACGAUCCCGUGAUUCCUUACGUGUCGUACUUUUAUGUGCAUAAACCGCUAACCAAUUCCCACAACAAGAUCCAGACAGACCCGCUGAUCAAAUCCACGGCCAUAAUCAUGGCCGUGAUUAGAUUCCUAGAGGCCGUUAAAGAUGAGGCCUUACCGGCUGACGUGGCCAAAGACCAUCCAUUUUGCAUGAACAGUUUCCAUAUGAUGUUCAACAAUUCCCGGAUCCCUGGUGAAGGAAGAGACUCGAACGUAUUUUACUCUUUACAUGAGCAAAACUUCAUAACAGUCGCUCUACGGGGAAAUUUUUACACUUUGCAGACCCACAACGAGAAUGGCGAGCCCUUAGGACCCUCUGCAAUUUGGCAACAGCUCUACGACAUUGUGAACGUGCGUAGUGCCAGUAUUCAAGAAAGCACGAACUCCGGAAUCGGAACUUUGACCUCGCUGCCUCGAAAUGAAUGGUUUCAGUCGUACAAACAAUUGCAAUCCGAUAUGGUCUCGCAGCAAUCCCUCGAAGCUAUUCAAAAAUCGCUCUUCAUAGUUUGUCUCGACCUGGACACCAGUCCCGUCACAUUGGAGGAGAAGGCACGCUACGCUUGGCACGGUAACGGCGUCAAUAGGUUCUUCGACAAACCCCUACAGUUUUUUGUGGCUAAAAACGGCGUUUCUGCGUUUCUUGCCGAGCAUUCAAAAAUGGAUGGUACCCCAACGCUUCUUUUGAACGAUUUUGUUUGCCGUCAUAUUCAAAAUAUGGAUGCCGACAAGUUUAUCGAUCAAAUAAAUCAAGAACCGUCAUCGCAUGCUUUCGAGAAUUCGCAUCUGCCAUUUUUGGUGACUCCCGCCAUCAGGAAUCAGAUCCAAGUAGCGCAUUCCAAAUUUUUGGCUGUAACGACGGAGCACGAUUUGAAGGUAUGGCAUUACAAUAAAUACGGGAAGGCCACCAUUAAAACAUUAGGGUUUUCUCCAGAUGCGUUCAUUCAACAGAUAAUUCAGCUUGGAGUUUACAAAUACCUUCGUCAACAGCUUCCAACCUACGAAGCUGCAUCCACCAGACGGUUUUUCAAAGGCCGCACUGAGACUGGUCGUUCUGUCAGCGUACAAUCUGCGAAGUUUGUUGCUGACUGGGAAGAUCCGGACGUUACGGAUCAAGAAAAGCUUGCAAGUCUACGUGCAUCUGCCGCUGCCCAUUCAUCGUACCUUAAGGCCGCGUCUGCUGGACUCGGAGUCGAUCGUCAUUUCUUUGGCUUAAAAAACAUGCUGCGCUCGGGAGAGCCUAUUCCGGAGUUAUUCGAAAACUCAUUAUUCAAAUAUUCCUCGACCUGGUUGAUAUCCACGAGCCAACUUUCUUCUGAAUAUUUCGAAGGGUAUGGCUGGUCCCAAGUGAACGACAAUGGUUUUGGGUUGGCUUACAUGCUCAACAAGGACUGGCUCAAUAUUAACAUCGUUAACAAACCCGCGGCGAGUGGUCUAAGUGCAUCUCGGCUUCAUUACUACCUGAGCCAAGCAGCGGACGAAAUGCACGCACUACUGACAAAAGAACAAAACUCGCGGUCCAAGCUGUGA